ACAAGGGUGCAAAGCACAUGGGUGCAGGGUCCGGGGGUGCUGGGUGCAGGGGUGCAAGGGCUGGGGGGUGCAGGGCACGGGUUCAGGGUCUGGGGGUGCUGGGCACACGGACACAGAGCACAUGGGGGCAAGGCCUGGGGGUGCUGGGUGCAGGGGUGCAGCUCUGGGGGUACAAAACAGGGGUGCAGGGCUCAGGGGUGCCAACAGGGCCUCCCCACCCCACCCCUGACACCAUCCAGCUCCCUCCCCGACAGAGGUAGCGAUGGAGAAAGACCCCAGCUGCUACCAGGAUGCGGCCAAGACGGUGGCGAGUGAUGGGCUGGGCGCCGAGGGGAUGGAGACGCAGCUGGACGACUUUGUGGGUGCUCCCCCCGACUACAACGAGGAGGAGGAGGAGCAGAAGUAUUUCCGCCGCAAGCGCCUCGGCGUGGUGAAGAACGUGCUGGCCGCCAGCCUGGCCGGCAUGCUCACCUACGGCGUCUACCUGGGCCUGUUGCAGAUGCAGCUGAUCCUACACUACGACGAGACCUACCGGGAGGUGAAGUACAGCAACAUUCAGCUGGAGGACAUCGACCGCAAGGUGCUGAUGGGCAUCAACGUCACCCCCGUCGCGGCGCUGCUCUACACGCCCGUCCUCAUCAGGUAUGGCGCUGCCUGCGCUCCCCGCCGCCAUGCCGGCAUGGGCACCCACGCUUCCCCUUCCUCGCCCUGGCAGGUUUUUCGGCACCAAGUGGGCCAUGUUCCUGGCGGUGGGGAUCUACGCCCUCUUCGUCUCCAGCAACUACUGGGAGCGCUAUUACACGCUGGUGCCCUCCGCCGUGGCCAUCGGGGUGGCCAUCGUGCCCCUCUGGGCUUCCAUGGGCAACUACAUCACACGGUAGGCAGCGGGGGGAGCGGAUGGGGGGACCCAGGGGGGUGCCAGCUGACCCGCCGUGCCACGCAGAAUGGCCCAGAAGUACUACGAGUACGUCAACUACAAGGAGGAGCACGUGCAGGAGCAGCAGCGGGCACCACGGGGUGCCUGCAACGCCUACAUCGUCGUCUUCCAGACUAUCUUCUACACCUGCUUCCACUUGAGCUUCGUCUGCGCUCAGAUGCCCAUGCUCUUCUUCCUCAACAACUACCUCUACCAGCUCAACCACACGCUCUCCGGGGUCAAGCAUUGCGGGACCCUGAGUCACGGCACGCUGCCCGGCUUCAACACCACGGUGCUGCAGAGCCUGCCCCGCAGCGUCAACCUCAUCAUCGUGGAAAGUGCCCUGAUGGCGGCCGCCUUCCUCGCCAUGCUGAUGGUGAGUGCCAGGGAGGGCAGGGGACAGGCUGGGACGCCGGCAGUGGCUCACCCACGGCCGCACGGCAGGUCCUGGUGCUCUGCGGCUCGGCAUAUCGGCCCACGGAGGAGAUCGACCUGCGUAGCAUCGGCUGGGGAAACAUCUUCCAGCUGCCCUUCAAGCACAUGCGGGACUAUCGCCUGCGCCAUCUUUUUCCCUUGUUCAUCUACAGCGGCUUUGAGGUGCUCUUUGUCUGCACCGGCUUCUCCCUGAACUACGGCGUGUGUGCCCUGGGGCUAGAGAAACUGGCGUACCUCCUCACGGCCUACGGCCUCUCCGCCUCGGCCUUUUCCAGCCUGGCUCUCUGCAUGCUGCGCCUGCGGCGGCAGGUCCCGCUGCUGGCCGGAGCCAUCGUCCACGCCGCUCUCCUGGUGACUCUCUUCUGCUGGGCACCCGAGCCCCGCUACCUGCUCCAAGCGCCUCUGCUCUACUCCAUAGCCGUGCUCUGGGGCAUGGGGAGUGCCCUCAACAAAACCGGCAUUAGCAUCCUCCUGGGCAUGCUGUAUGAGGACAAGGAGCGCCAAGACUUCGUCUUCACCAUCUACCACUGGUGGCAGGCCCUGGCGAUCUUCACCGUCUACCUGUGGUCGGGGCUGCCCAUGAAGGCCAAGCUCUCCAUCAUGCUGCUGACGCUGGUGGUGGCGACGGGGGCCUACCUCUGGAUGGAACGCAAGCUGGCGCAGCACGUGACAUACCGCCUGCCCCGCAUUCCCCGCCCGCGCCACAGGAUGCACGGCUACCGUUAUAUGGAGGAGGACGACUCGGAUGAGACCGGCUCGGAGGGUGACGGCGGCAAUAACAAUGACGAGGCACGGGUGGACUCUACCAGCGGGGAUGACCUGCCAAGAGAUGAUGAGGACCAGCUGGGUUAGAGACAGCCUGUCCUGCCCCACCGCCGUGGUGGCCCCCUCCCUGCUCUCUGAACUUGAGGGGGGGGUCCACAGCCCUCCCUGGAGCUGCCAAAACCCCCCAAGGAGGCCCAAACUUCCAGGGGCCACCUUCAGGCCAGGCUUGCAGGCCCGCAGACCCCCAGGUAAACCCACAGAUGCCCUAGCUAGGCCUGCGGCCCCUCAGGGUAGGCCCAUAGCCCCCCCAGGUAAGCCCGCAGACCCCCCAGCCAGGCCUGCAGACCCACAGCCCCUCAGGACAAGCUCACAGACUCUCUAGGCAGACCCACAGCCCCCCCCAGGCCCACAGCCUCUCAGGACAGGUCCACAGACGCCCUAGCCACGACUGCACCCCCAGGCAGACCCAUAACCCCUGAGGACAGGCCCACAGCCCCCCCAGGCCUGGACCACAGCCCCUCAGCGUAGGCCUGCAGACCCGCAGGCCAGCCUUGCAGGCCACCUGGCCAGGCUGACAGACCACUCAGGGCGGGCCCACUGACCCCACAGGCAGGACCACAACCCCUCAGGACAGGCCUGCAGACCCCCAGGCAGACCCACAGCCCCCCGAGGCAGGCCCAUAGCCCCCCAGGGCAGGCCCACAGACCUUGCAACCAGGUUGACAGCCCCCCCAGGCAGGCUCACAUCCCCUCAGGGCAGGCCUGUAGAACCCCCAGGCAGGACCACAGACCCCCUAGCCAGGCUGACAGCCCCCCCUCCCCCCGGGCAGGCCCACAGCCCCCCGGGCAGGCCUAUACCCCCCUAGGCCAGGCCCACACCCCCUCAGGCCACCCCUGCAUCCCACCCACCCCCUGAGGUACCCCCCCCGCCAAAGCCAGCCCGACCCCUCUUUUGCUCCCGCAU